AUGGGCGCAUCGUCUCGCUCUUCCACCAAGCACGAAAUAACGCGUGCCCCUUCUUCGGAAUCAAUCAAUACCGCCAUUACCGUCGACGACACCUCAAAUUUAGAUUCCUCAUCCACGCCUCCAACAAGCAUUGGAGACAAUGUUAGUGUCACUUCUGCCACUACCAAGCCUGAGCCUGCUGCUGACGAGGUCUCAAUUGCCUCCGAACCAAUGGAUAGACGAAGUCAGCGAGUACGCGCAAAGGUCGGGACCUACAAUGUUAAGAUUCUAAGUGGCACCGCUGUCCAUGCCCCGAAGAAGUUUUUGAAGAAUAAUGGCGCUCUGGACAAUGAAACACGGCGACAAACUAUAUCAGGAGGCGAUUUGGAGGGUGCAUUGGGCUCAAUAAAUACAUCCACCAGCUCUAUAGGGAAGAGUGUACAAAAACUGGUUAGUGAAGGAAUUGAUGCUUUAGACUUGUCCUGGCCGGUCAAGAAACUACCUAAAUCAAGCAGUGACAACAGCCUCCCCGGCAGCCCAAAAAUCACUGCUAGGAAGGAGGAUCUUUCCCGACGAAAGUCUUUACGAUCUACACCUAGCGAAACGGCAGCAGAACUCACAAAGAAGAUCAGCUUCUUAGGGAAGAGGAGUCGAAAGGAAAUGGAAGGAGGUCUUCAGAAGGCAAAGAGGGAGCUUAGGAACCUGGCCGAUACGAAAGAGUACGCAAAGAUCGAAACAGAACCUGUUGUAUUGGAAGUAUGGAGCAAUGGAAAACUUGUGCCAAAAGAGUCGGCAAGGAAGAAGAAGAAGGCGGAGGAGGCCCAAGCCUCCGAACCUGAGCCUAUUAAGGCUCUGACAAAGAAGGCAGCGCAAGGAAGGAAAGAGAAGGCUUGGUUGACCAAGGGACUCUACGCCGGGCAGGAUCCGGCAAAUCUUGAUUGGUUCAAAUCUUCCGGAAAUGCAAAGUCAGCUUUCAGAUGGACUGGAAAGCCGAAUAAAGCCUUACCAUUGCCCCUAUGGAAUGGCCAAAGAUUACUACAUGUUGGAAGGGACUUUAAAUUACCGUUCGACAUUUGCGCUCCGCUUCCUCCGGGACAACCCAAGCCCACCGAGUGGUACAAAACUUCUCAUAAUCGAUUCAUUGGAGAAGCUGGUACAAUGUGGAAGAAAUCAAGCUUGUUUGAUAGCUUCUUCUCUAAGUGUAUCUGUAAACCGGACACAGGUUGUGACGAAGAUUGCCAAAAUAGGAUCAUGCUUUACGAAUGCGAUGACACCAAUUGUGGCGCAGGCCGUGAUAAUUGCACUAAUCGUGCAUUUGCUGAGCUCUUCAACCGUCGCAAAGGGAAUUCGUUUCGAAAAGGUGGUAAUAAGUAUGAGAUUGGCGUUGAGGUUAUUAAGACAGCUGAUCGUGGCUACGGAGUUCGAAGUAAUCGCUGCUUCAACGCAAACCAGAUUAUCGUUGAAUACACGGGCGAGAUUAUCACAGAAGACGAAUGUGAUAGACGCAUGAAUGAAGAUUACAAAGACAACGAGAACAUGAUCAUUGAUGCGACGAGGGGAAGCAUUGCUAGAUUUGUCAACCAUUCCUGCAGACCGAAUUGUAGAAUGGUGAAAUGGAUUGUGGAGGGCAAGCCGCGCAUGGCCCUGUUCGCAGGCGACAACCCUAUCAUGACAGGUGAUGAGCUCACCUACGACUACAAUUUUGAUCCAUUCUCCGCCAAAAACGUUCAGGCAUGUCGCUGUGGCAGUGAUAAUUGCCGUGGUGUAUUAGGACCUCGACCAAAGGAUCAGAAAGUCACGAAGGCUACCACCAUCAAAGAGGUUGUCAAAGCAGGUAUCAAGGCUGGCAAGCGAAAGCUUCAGCAGAUGAUUGGUGACGACGAAGACGACGAUGAUGUUCAGAUUCUAAAGAAGCGAAAAACAAAGGCGGCCACAGGAGUUAAGCGAUCUAUCUCUACAGCUACCACGAACGUUGCAAACACUGUCAAGAAAUCAGUUUCCUCACGACUAUUGAAUGCUCGCCAUGCGGUUGGCUCGAAUAAGAAGACGAUUAAAGUUAGUCAAGCCACAGCCGGCCCACUGAAGACAUAUGGAAAGAAGCAGAUGAAGCUGUCGUCAAGCCGCACGAGUCUGACAAUCGUUUCGCCCGAAAAGAAUCUCAAGGCCAAGGAUACGACGCAGAGGGAAAGCGUGACUAAAAGUCUAGUACGAAAUGUGCGUUCUUCCAGACGGUCAAGCGUGUCUGAUGAUGGCAAUGAGAGUACGAUUCGGGUUGUCACUGUCUUCGAAGAAGACGUAGAAGAAGAAGAUUAA